AUGUUGAUGCCUGAAUCAGUUGCUGAAGCAUUGCACUUAUCUAUUGAAGAGGUAACCCUUAGUCUGGGACCUAGGGGAUUUUAUAGGAAGUUCUUGGAAGAGAAGGCACGGGCCUUGGAGAAAGAAGGGCUAGUAUAUUCCACCAAGGAAGAAGUAGAUGCAUUGAAAGCAAUUAUCGCACUGUUAACUAAAGAAAAUGAAGAAUUACAAUCGAAGCUUCAUGCAUUGGAUAAAUAUCAUGCUAAGCUCAAGAGAAAGAGUGAAGAAGAUAUUGAGCUCUUGACAGAAAUAAUAAAAAAGGAUAAAAUUGAGGAGAACCUCAAAGAUAAAUACCAAGAUGGUCUAGCUCAAGCUAAUAUAGGGCUAACUUCUCUCAAGAAACAGUUGAAACAGACAAAAAAGGAGCCCGGCGACAACCACCGUUGGUUCGAGUUGGAUGUUAAAGAGAAGAAGGUAUUGAGAGAUGAAUCCUACCUGGAGAUUCAUAAACUCAAACUUUCCCUCCGCGAAGCCAAUGCCAAGGUAGAGGUGGAACGUCGUCUCAAAGAGGAGGCAAUUAGAGUUUCCUAUAUCACACCUCAAGUAUGGAAAGAGAAGUUUCAUAAAGAUGAACUUGCCACUUUGAGUGCCGAACAUUGGAGAGAUCAUUUAUCUGCUCUAAAGAAUGAGAGUUUGGGUUGGCUCAAUGAGAAGGCUCGUAUGAAUAGUCUUCUUGAUGCUUAUGUUGGAUCUAUCAACUUGUUGCAAACCGCUGCCAUUAUGUACCGAACCAAGUAUGGUUGCUUAGUAAGGUUCUGCAACGAGUUAACUAAAGAGGUUCCUUGGAAGAUAGAGAAUUCUCUGGAAGAUGUUGAUGAGAAUACUACUUCAUACUUUAUACUCUGA